CAAGUUAAAUACACAAAUUAGGAAAUACAGUUCAAUUUAAGUACGCUGCCCUCUGCGCGAUUUCCAAAUGGUGAGACAUCGCCGAAUCCGGCCGCAUAACUGAUAAAACAUUUGUUUUCUGAACUAACUGGGAAGACAAACGUCCUUCCAUUAACAUUUGGUACUCCUUCAAUUUCUUCAAUCGCGCCGGCCAUAUUCCAUCAAGCUCCAGGAAGUUCGAAUGAUUCGCUCUCUUCAGUGAAGCCGUUGCUGCAGGUAGUUAUGAGAAGAUGGGCUCGGCGGCUUCUCGCCGCCAUCUUUGUGGUGCCUACGGCUGCCUUUCUAUUGGCAUCGUCGUUCUCUUCUUCUUUCUCCAAUUGGUUCGUGGCGCCCUCUUUCAACUCUCCGCUUCCGGCAUCCAAUCAUUCGACGUCAUGGCAACUUUCCCAUCCUUCAUCCUCUUCUCUGGCCCACGAACCAAAACCAGAGUCCUUCGUAUAUCCGGCUAUCAUGGCUUCUCCGGCACCAUCACCAUCCCCAGUGCCGAAGGCGGCGGCCGGGAAUUCUGACGGCGCUGAAACCGGAUAUCAAUGUGAUGGUUCCAACGAUCUGCUGAAUUUGAAGCCACAGGCGUCUGUUGUGCUGACCAAAGUCGAUGAAGAACUAAUAUAUGCGAAGAAGGAGAUUGAGCGAGCCCCCAUUGCUUUCAAUGAUCCUGAACUGUAUGCUCCCCUGUUCCAUAACGUCUCCGUUUUCAAGAGGAGUUAUGAAUUAAUGGAAAAAAUUCUGAAGGUCUACAUAUACGAUGAUGGACCAAGACCCAUUUUUCAUACACCACAGCUUAAGGGAAUCUAUGCUUCAGAAGGUUGGUUCCUUAUGUUAAUGGAGGAAAACAAGAGAUUUGUUGUGAAAGACCCAAGUCAUGCACAUUUAUUUUAUCUUCCAUACAGUUCUCGACAAUUAGAAGAAGCCCUUUAUAAGCCUAACUCUCAUGACAUGAAGCCUCUGCUAAUCUUUCUGAAGAACUAUGUGGACAUGAUUUCCUCUAAAUAUUCUUUCUGGAAUCGAACAAGAGGAUCCGAUCAUUUCAUAGUGGCUUGUCAUGACUGGGGUCCUUACACAACUAAAUUGCAUGACGAAUUUCGCAAGAACACCAUUAAAGCUCUGUGCAAUGCAGAUGUUUCAGAGGGAGUGUUUAUUCGCGGGAAGGAUGUCUCCCUCCCUGAAACAAACAUAAGAAUCCCGAAAAAGCCCAUCAGAGAUAUUGGAGGAAGGAGAGUAUCUCAAAGGCCCAUUCUGGCUUUUUUUGCAGGAAAUAUGCAUGGCAGGAUUAGACCCAUCCUGCUUGAUUACUGGAACGGAAAGGAAGACGACAUGAAAAUCUACGGCCCUCUUCCGAGUUCGAUCUCUGUAAAGAUGUCUUAUGCACAGCAUAUGAAAUCAAGCAAGUACUGCAUCUGUCCAAUGGGAUAUGAAGUCAACAGCCCAAGGAUCGUGGAAGCCAUCUACUACGAGUGUGUUCCUGUAAUAAUUGCAGAUAAUUUUGUUCUUCCCUUCGAGGAAGUUUUGGACUGGAGUGCAUUUUCUAUUGUCAUAGCAGAGAAGGACAUACCCAAGUUGAAGGAUAUCCUUACUCGAAUAUCACUUAGAAGAUAUGUAUAUCUGCAAACCAAUGUGAAGAAGUUGCAGAAGCAUUUCUUAUGGCAUCAGAGGCCUGUGAAAUAUGAUAUAUUUCACAUGAUACUGCAUUCGAUUUGGUUUAAUAGACUCAAUCAUAUGCAAAUUUAUGAUUCUAAUAAUCUCUGCCGUGGCCAAUUUGACAAAGUUAAGGAAUCCUGCUCCUUGAUAUUGAUGAUUAUGAAGGCUCAACUAAUCAGAAAAAGUUUGUGUGGUUUUGCCACGAUCAAAUCAACAGUUCUCAGUGGUUGCAAAUAAGAAAAAUGCAAAACGGCCCCACUUUGCUUUGAUACUGGUUGAAAUAGUUUUCUUGUGCAGAUCACAAAAUGCAGUAGUUAUAUGGAUUAAACUGUGCACCUUGUUUCCUGAAGUUGACUUAAGAAUUUAAAGUUCUUUUCGUGGCAUUGUAGUAAAUAUUUUGAUUUAAGCAGUGCGGUUGUAGAUUUAUGAUCACCUUUUUUAUAACAAAUGAACUGGCUUAUCAAAUGGGGAUGUUCA